AUGUUUUUCCUCGAGCUCAGGGCACCCCACGCGCCGAUGGCCCAAUUCUCCGGCAGCCUCUUGCGCGACAGGAAGUACCUAAUCACCGGAUGGUGGUGGUGGUGGUUCAAGGAGCCGUACACAUACGCGCCGCCGCCGCUGCAAUUUCCUGCGGCAGCACCGAACAUCGAAAGCGCCUCCUCGUCCACGUCGCUCUUGGAGUGGUCCAGGACGGCCGGCGCGUGGUCGGCAGGCUUCUCCAUCUCCGAGAGGUCGGCAGCCGAUUCGGCGACGCGGCGGCGUUGGUGGGCGCAGGCGCCGCCGUUGACGACCGUGGCGGUGGCGGUUGCGCUGGAGGGACUGGUACUUCCGCCGCUAGACAUUGGUCGGAAAAUACACAUAGGGGUUGGGGAAAUCUUUUUCUCCGGUCAACGGAAUUGUGGAGAAAAUGGAGAGGAGAGAGAGAGAAUUAUGGGCGUAGAGAGAGAAAGAAGGGGAUGGCAGAGGCCAUGGACGUUGGUACUCGAGAGGAAGGUGAAAACUUCGUGGAUCCAUAUUAUGAAGUUUAUAAUCCGUGUUGAUGAUGAUUCAUUUUGCCAUUAG